ACAACAAAGCCUUGUCCCACUAAGUGGGGUCAGCUACAUGAAUCAAACGACGCCAUUGUGCUCUGUCAUGUAUCAUGUCUACAGAGAGACCGUUUACAUGUAGAUCUCGUUUGACCACCUCAUGGAUGGUCUUCUUAGGUCUUCCUCUGCCUUUCGCCCUUUGUCCAUCUUCCAUCUCAUCCACCCUCCUGACUGGAUGUUCUAUUGGUCUUCUUCUCACAUGUCCAAACCACCUGAGACGCGAUUCAACCAUCUUUUCCACAAUGGGUGCUACUCCAACUCUCUCCCUUAUAUCUUCAUUCCUUAUUUUAUCCAAUCGCGUGUGACCACUCAUCCAUCUCAACAUCUUCAUCUCUGCCACACUCAGCUUAUGUUCGUGCUCUCCUUUAGCCGCCCAACACUCCGUACCAUACAGCAUAGCCGGUCUUAUAGCGGUGCGAUAGAAUUUACCUUUAAGUUUUAAAGGCACUUUUUAGUGUGAACACCAUAAAUUUUGAAUGGGUUCCCAAGACAAUAAAAGACAGAAGAUCACACAUUUAGCCAUGUGGUUUAAUUGGUUCAAAAUGUUUACCAUUGGUUUCUUUCAGAUCCGGACCAAGUUGGUGGCACCUGGUGGGGAAGCUUUGGGUGGUGUUAUUGGUGCUUUCCAAUACAUGAUUCGGACUGAAGGCUUCUUUUCUCUCUACAAGGGUUUGGUACCGUCAAUUAUAAGUAUGGCUCCUUCUGGUGCAGUUUUUUAUGGUGUAUAUGAUAUACUCAAAUCAGCUUAUUUGCAUUCACCCAAAGGAAGGAAGCGAAUCCAGAAUUUGCACAAACAGGGUAAGGAAUUGAGUGCAUUGGAUCAGCUUGAAUUAGGACCAGUAAGGACGCUGUUGUAUGGUGCUAUUGCCGGUGCUUGUGCAGAAGCUGCUACAUAUCCAUUCGAAGUUGUAAGGAGGCAGCUUCAAUUGCAAGUCCAGUCUACCCGUUUAAGUUCUUUUGCGACUUGUGCCAAAAUAGUGGAACAUGGAGGCAUUCAAGCUCUGUAUGCAGGACUUAUUCCCAGCUUACUCCAGGUACUUCCUUCAGCAUCAAUCAGUUACUUUGUCUAUGAAUUCAUGAAGAUUGUGCUCAAAGUGGAGUAGGCAAUGAAUAGAUUAUUAUCAGUUAUACACUGAUGAGAAGUUGUAGCAUCAUAUGUUUUAUAGGUCCACACUUAUUAUAGGUGCAGAAUGGUAGCGGUUGACUUCACUUGGCAAUCAUAUUUGAUGUCUGCCUUUGAAGGUUCAAAGCAUAAUUCGGGUCUGCAAUCCCUUUUACAAUUGUUCACGAUUCAUGUAUUUCCCACAGGAAAAUUUUGGACGGAUUCCAUAAUCAAUCAAUCUACCAAGGCUUCAGUUUUACAAAAAAAAAAUGUUUGAUUAGUGACUGCUUGAUCUUGACUUCAAUUCUUAUUCGCCCUGUACUCUUCUUUCAUUUAUUUAUUUUUAAAUCAUUAUCAUGGAGUAUAAUAGCACCCAAGCAACCCUCUGAAAAAGGAUCUAAUAUCAUUCUCCUCUCUCUAGGUUGUAACUUUUACAAUCUUCCAUAUGCUGGAUUACGCCUUAUUAGGGUGUGUGGUUUUGUUUUUGUCGAAUUAAUUUCAAUGUAAUGUAGUAAUUUAUACUAUGCCAGUGGGAUGUUGAAGUAUCAAUU